AUGGACAGAUGCACUGGCAACGCCAGAGGCUCACCGCCGGUAUUAUCUCCUCAGUUUAUGAGGCGGAUUUGUACUCAGUGUACGCAGCAAUUGCAGGAAUGGAACCCGCAUACAAAGUGUUAUCGUUGUUUCACGUGCGUUCGGGAUUCGGGUGCCUGCCCAGAGAAUAUUUGUAAUCGCUGGGGUUCGGAAGCCUGGGAGUCGUUCCAGCAGUACAUCAAGAUAGCCGAGACUGACCGCGUCGCUCAUUCACAAAAGGUCGCUCGAGUUCGACACCGAAGUAGGCCUGGUUCGCCAAUCUCAAGCGCGUUGCCUAGCUCUAAGCAACCUAGCAGAACGCCUAGUCAGCGUACCUUCAGUGUCUCUCCGAGAACUAAUGCGGCUCAUCGCAAUGAUGACCUCCGUUUGAAGGGUAGUUCCCCAGGCCGCACUACGCAGCUGCCCGGUCCAACGCUUGUUAUUGGAACAACGAGCUCACCUACGGGAACCAAACAGAUGGGUAUUCAUCCCGGACCAAGUAAAGGAAACCCUGUCCUGGUGGUCGUCACUGACCAACCUCAGACAGGGGGUCCCCUUGGACCCACUCGUCACAACCAUGACUCUGGUAACAGACGCCUCCCUCCAAGGGUGGGGAGCGCAUCUAUUGGACAAACAAGCCCAAGGAAUAUGGCCCCCGCAAUGGGUUUGGGACCACCAUAUCAACUAGCUCGAGCUGAAAGCAGUGCACCUAGCACUUUCACGCUUUCGACUCGAAGUUCAAGACCACAGAGUCCUGCUGCGCACAGACAACGCAGCGGUGGGGUGAGAAACGGUCUGGCAGACGCCCUUUCAAGGCGCCUCUGUCUCCAGAACACGGAGUGGCAGAUCCUCCAGUGGGUAACCUCCAGACUGUUUUGGCUGUGGGACGGUCCAAAGAUAGACCUGUUCGCUGCACUCCGGAAUGCCAAGCUCCCGACAUACGUAACACUCCUGCCGACACCAGGAGCAUGGGCCGUGGACGCCUUAUCGAUCCCCUGGUCUCACAUGGACAGCACAGGCAAGAGUUAUGCUGUACGUUUGCCAGGAGGACGUCUACAGCAUUCAGUUUUACUGAUGUUAAAACGCUUUCAUGUCGAUUACCGUAGUAAAUAUGAUGUCCUAUCAGAGAAACUGUCAAACUUAUUAAAGACCAAGCCUGACCAGAUGGAUGUAGCAGUUAAUGUGAAAUGUGAAAUGGGUCUUGAAUAUGAAGCAUCAGCUUUCAAAAAACUUCUCAAGUAUGCAUUCGGUUUGAAUUUCGUAAAAAUGGUAAAUGUAACCAAAAAGGUUGAGACGGCACCCGACAAAAAUGCACUGCCAGAAAGAGUUGCCCAGAUUCAUGAAUUACCAUUAUUGAAUCAGGUUUAUAAUAUAGUAGAGCAACAUGGAUCAAAUGGGAUUUCACUUCGUACUUUGCAGAGAAUGAUGAAUUUAGGCAAAGUGGAGAUUCGUCAAAUUGGUAAAAAUCUACUGAGAACUGGAACCGUAGCUUGCAUACCUCAUGAUGAAGGUAGACAGAGAACAUACAGGUAUGUGACAGUGCGUAAUAUUGCAAGUAGUCAAAUACAGAAAGAUUUAGACAAAGCAAAGAAAAAAAGCAUGAUACUGGAAAUGCAGAAGAAAGGAACAAGCAGUGUGAAUGAUGAAACGGGCUCACUGGAUCUAGGUGAUGGAAGCGUGCAUUCCACGCCAUGCAGUACACCGUCUAUCUCACCUUUACCGUCUGCGGGUAAUUCCAGAACCAAUACACCUGAACCUGUGGAAGAUAACGCAGCUCGAGAGAUGUCUGAUCCUGGUCGGUCUAAAGGCAAGAUGCCCUUAACAACUCGUGUUCUGAAAAGACGCAAUAUUAUCAUUGAAACUGUGAGAACUUGCCGAGUGGUCCAAGGUGUAUUUUCUUUGCUGAAGGCUGUUUUAAGUGUUGAAAAAGAUGAAGGUAUCAGUUAUCGCUGUGAUAAGAAGUCAAUCGUCAGGCUUGUUAAGGUGUUGGUGCAAGAAGGGUUGAUACGUCAGUUUACCACCAUUGUAGCCAGUGAUGAUGGAUCAGCCAGAAACAAAGUAGAUUUCAUUACUGAUAUUAAUAUUCAGCCAAAUGAUGAACUGGUGAAAAGUGCUAUAGCACAGGUUAAAUUCCGAAUGGAGAAUGUUAUUAGACAUAAGCAGGAAAAAGCUGAAAAAAGAAAACAGCCAAGUAAAGCCAUUAAAGUUACUAUAUCAUCGCCCAAAAAAAGUAAAAAAAGAAAAUCUGAUUCAAGUAACGAUGAUGAUGAACGAGAAGUGUCAAAGACUUGUAAGGAGAGUCCAAGUACCGGUAAAUUGAGCAGUGUUGGAAGUAAUGGUGAUGAAGACAAAAAAACAGAAGAGGGUGCAGUGAGGUUAGAGAGACUAAAAGGGACCCCAAAACUUUUGAAAGACAUCAUGAAAGUUAAAGGAAAUUACUUUGAUCCACAAGUAUGUGCUGAAGAAUAUGUGGCACUUGUUGCUAGUAUGAAGGAAAAAUUCAGUUCAUUGCCAGCUAACCUGAAAUUUGACCUUCCUGAGACUAUAGAUGAACUUUAUAAACAAUAUAAACUACUUCCUGUUGGUCAGCAAAUAAAUUUUGAUGAUAAAGUUGUUGUGAGAACCAGAAGAGAUAUUGUCAAAGCACAGCUCACCAAUCUAAUACAGAUUUCUCUACUAAUGGAUUCUAGUAAGUACAAUUCCUACCAAGUAUUCAAGAUAUAUGAACAGUACUCCACUGACUUAUUAGAAUCUGCGUUCAACACACUGAGAAAUAGAGGACUUGUUAACAGAAAACGAGCAAUUUCUGGUUGUAAAACGACUCGUCAUGUGCCAUUUGCUGCCAUGUCUUACCAGUUAUCUGCAGCUUACCAGAGAUACUUUCUAAGUCUUAUGCCUGCUAGUCUCUUUCUGGAAGUUAAAACUUUCCUACAAAAACUUGCCAAGUCUACAUCAGAUCCCAAGGAGCGAUGGGUAGAAUUCCCUAAUGAAGCUUGUGGUGGAAUAGUGUGUACUAUGGCAACAUUAAUGACCAUGAAAAAGAUGUUCUUCGAUGUGACUGUACCUGAACAGAUAGUAGUUGUGGAUAGCGACCUUAUGGAGAACAAAGUUUUGAGUUCUAGUAAACAGACUUUGAGUAAUGUCAGUUCAGAUAGUGAUGAUGAUGAUGACGAUGAUGAUGAUGAUGUUAUUGCUCCUGUACCAAUACUGCCAUCACCUGUCAAGACCCACAAAUCCACUGAAGUGGUGAACACAACUACUGUGCAAUCUCAAUCCAUUUCAAAAGAUAAUUUGCAAGAGCCUAUUGCUAGUACUUCUGGAAUGCAACCUGCUCCAUUGUUGAGCACAUCGUCUGUCAAUUCCGGACCAAAACCUGCUCCAGUGGCAAGCACAUCGUCUGUCAAUUCUGGAACACAACCUGCUCCAGUGGCAAGCACAUCGACUGUCAAUUCUGGAACACAAUCUACUUCAUUGCCAAGCACAUCAACUGUCAAUUCACAAAAUCCUGCUUUUGAUGUGACACCCAGACAAGCUUCAAGAUCUAACUUACUGUUAUACCGUGGACAUUAUGCUCCGGGAAUUGUUAGUAAACGUAACCUGAACCCUCAGGACAACAUUGUAGUCAAUGCAUGCACUAUUUUGGUGACUCUAACAUCAGGAAAUGACGGUGUUCAUACAUGUAUUAAGUGUGAGAAUAAGGAACAAGAGCAAUGUCUGGUGGAUGAAUCUGAAGAAUCCUUGGAUUGUGUAAAACAAUUGAUGUGUAAGUCCUUGAGUGACAUGUGUAACAACAGUAUUGUCCCCAGUGAGAAGCCACAAUUAGAUGAUGUUGUGAAUACAUGUAAAGAUCAAGGAUACAGUGAACCUGUACUUAAAAUGUUAGUGGAGAUCUACAAUGUUAUUGAGAGUAAGAAGGAAUUUGGAAUUGCGACACGUGACAUGUACCAGCAUAGUGUGAUCAGCAGGUAUGGCAUGUCCAGAGAGAUAGUGGAGACGGUGAUAAAACUACUACAAGAUAAGUCACUGAUAAUUGAAGCUGGCAUUUCCGUACCCACUUUAGUUUCUGUACACCAUGCUUCCCCAUGGAUGAUCCACUCACUGAAACUUAAAGACAAUUCAUCAAUUCCAAGUGAUCCAAUUCAUCCAAUCCAAUCAAAAAGUGAUCCAGUUGAUGCACCAACUGAUACUCCAAGGAAAGGUAGAAGUAAAGAGAAGGAAACUACAUCUGUAGAGACACCUACAUCUUUUGAAGAAGGAGUUUUUGAACCCGUGGAAUUCUUAUCCCACCCAUGGCAUACAGUAGAAGGUACAGCAAAUGAGACAUCAUUGGCCAGCAUGUUAAAUGGUUUGAUGAUGACAAUUAUGAACUCACCAGGUUUAAGUGAAAAAAGUUUAUUACAUAGAUACCAAGGUGUACUUUAUCCAGUCUCUGUCAAACACUUGUUUAAGAUGUUAAUUGAUAUGGGAUGUAUCACAAGAUUGGCGAGAGUCAAAAGGAAGUGUUCUUUGUUUUCCAGUCCAUGGCAGGCUACUCCAGAUAUUGGUGCUGAAGAAGAUAUAUAUUAUGAGCCCACAGUUGAUGGUGUAUUGAGACUUGCUGCAGCUUUACAUCAAUAA